AAAAUCAAAUAGUAGUUAUUUGGAAAUCUGUCACAAGAGGGUAGAAAUUAUGUAAACACCGGUAAAGAGAGUCAGUGUAAACAAAACUUCACAGUGAUCUGAAGAGUGCAGCUGAUACGAAAUUUCUAAAAAAAACUACAGCUAUGUCUGAACUGAGUCAGUUUGUUAGUAUUCACCACAGUUGGCUGUCAGAGCAAGAUGUUGUUGACAAUGCUGAAGUACAUGAUGGAGCUGAAGAUGACAGUUAUAUACAAAAGCGGGAUUUGCUGGAAACCUCUGCAGAUAACAGGAUAAUUAAAAUUGACAAGCCUAACGAAGACCAAUGUAGGUUCGAAAUUCAGUGCAAGCUUGGUAUUGGUUUGUAUGAGAUCUGUAUUUGCUGUAAUGUAACCCAGUUUGAAGUUUAUGAUGAAACAGAAGGUUACCUACUCACCAGAAAGGGAAGCCCUGCUUCAAAUGGUCUGUUAUAUUCUACCAUUUCAUUUAAAAAACCAAGGACUUCUAUCUCUAUCAAGUGUGUUGGAAUUACUGGUCAGUUUCAGAUGAAAGGGAUUUUACUGAGGGUUGAGAAAAUUACAAAACCCCUAUCAGGUUAUGGACUUCUUAAUGUGUCCACAUUAAGGGACAUUAUUUCAGAACUUGGUCCUGAGACUUCUGAAAGAGCUCGGUCUAUCCUCAAUAAUAUUGAAACUUACCAAAAGAAUCAACAAAACCAAAUUGAGGACAUGUCAAAGAAUUUAGAUAAGAAUAGUUCAACCUCACCAGAUUUUGAUAUGACUCGAGUUGUCUCAGCUUUUGGCCAAAUGCUCCAGAUGAAAGAGCAAACUAGUACAGAACAGAAUACAUCUCAGACAGCCACCUUUUCAGCUCUUCAGAACAUUUGUAGUGAAGUUACUAAUCAAAGGAAUCAAGAAUCAAUGAAGAAAGAUCCUGUUGAUGUAUCCAAAAUGGUGGAAGAUCGUGUGUCUCAAGCUGAAACCAGAAUCCUUGAGACUGUUGAUGACCAACUGAAGCGGCUGGAAGAUCGGUUGGGCAGUAAACUGGAUGCUUUAUUAAAUACUAUUACAGCCAGUAAAACCAACCCAUAGCCUACAUUUGACCACUGCAGAAAUCUCCAGAAGUAUCAAGCUUUGUUUUAAAGCCGCACUGCUAUCACCAUCACCAUUGCUAUUACUAAAACUACACUUACUACUACUACUACUACGACGACCACUAUCAAAGAAUCUACAGGUGAUGCUAUGCUCCUUGUUAUGAAGGAAACCACAAUACCACAACUGCCACGAUCAUCACCAUUUCUGCGAGAUCCAUCAUUACAAGCCAUACGUUUCGGAUGUACUUCAGUAAUACUUGGUGUUUCUAUUUGGCCCUUUCUCAAAUGAAGGAUCUUUAAAUUUAAAAAAAAUUUUGCUCUUUCAUCAGCUUUGAGUGAAAAAGAGAAAAACAGUGACCAAGCGAUGAAAAAUGAAACUCCAAAAAGAUAUUCACAAUAUGAAAGAAUAUGGAGAAAGAAGGAUAUGAUAGAAAAUAUAUUUUAUAAAUGAUAUACAAGCCAAAUAAAUGGAUAUAUAAAAGUUAUGACUAUCAAAAAAAGACAUGAAAAAAUAAAGGAAAGUAUAAAAAAAGGAUUUGGAGAAAGGCCACAAACAUUUUUUUUAAAUGGAUAAAUAAAAAAAGCUAAAAAAACCCAGGAUAUAUUAAAGAACAUGUAAGAGAAAACAGCGACUAUGAAAUGAACUGAAUUGAAUUAAAAUGUGCUAUUCACCAAACUUCUUUUCCACAUAUAUACAUCCUCACAAAUAUACAUUUACCUAUGCUUUCAUAUAUUUAUACACAUACAUAUUGCCUAAAACCAACAGUAUUUAAUGCGUGUUCACAUCAAGACACACAAACACUAAUUUGCAUUCUCUCUCUCUCUCCCUCUCUCUUAUGUAUUUAUAUCUGUGUGUAUAUGUGUGUGUUUGUAUAUAUGUAUGCAUAUAUAUAUGUAUGUAUGCAUAUAUAUAUAUGUGUAUAUAUAUAUAUUAUAUAUGUGUGUGUAUAUAUUACUAAGAAGUAAAAGGGGCUGAUAAAUCCAGGUAGCUAUCUAUAAUGCACUUAGUGUUAAACGAAUUUGGUUAACUAUAUCCAACAAUCAGAUACCAAUA